AGUGUGAUAGUGACCAUCAAGAGUUUGACGGGUUACGGGUCGAACAUGCCGCUGUGCCGUCACUUCGCAGGGCUUUACGAUGACUACAGCAAGCGUCUCCCAACGCCAGUGCAAUACCUCAACCUCGCGCUGAAGGUGUCGAAAGAACGUCCAGUUCUUCCGCGAGAAUAUGUUUUCCGGCUUGUGACGACCCACGAGGGGUCGUCCAGCUUGGCUCAAGAAAACCGUGAGACGCCAGUGGGGCACGGGAGUGCGGUUCGCGGCACAGGGGGUCAGAGCAAGAGGUGCAACAUUCAGACGCAGGGUGACACGUAUUCGAUUCGAGAUGAGACGAGAAGAGAAUCCGGCAUAUCGGGGCAAGAGGUUGGAGGGAGUGAGGUUGGAGGCCUUGGAGGGAUGGGCGUUGUCCGCGAUAGCUCUGGCGGGGAGCCGACUUCUUCGGAGAAGAAGCGCGAGCGACAGAGAAUGGUGCGAGAGGAGGUUGCAGAAGAAAUCCGCCGCAUGAAAAGGAUGAAAGGACAUUCGGAACCGAUGAUUGGCGGGGAUGGAGGUGACAUCGAAGAACGUGCCUCGGGAAAGAGGACGCCAGGGAUGCGUGGCAGACAAGAACAAGGAGUCGAAAAUAGGUUGUCGAAGGAAGAGGGUGCAACGGCAAGUAAGAAAGCGAGGAGGCCCGACGGUUUGACCAUCCGCGAUGGGCAAGCUAUGGGUGGAGGAGAUUCGGCUCAUCCGGGCGUUGCCGCUGCGAUAGAACCUUCAGAGAAAUCCAAAAGGAAACUGGUAGCUGAAGAAGGCGAUGGCCAGAAGAAACCUCGGAGGAGGAAGACUGCUGAGGGGACGACUGGUAGCGAAAUGGCGGUCGGCAGGCAGUACGACGAAGCGGCAGCGUUCUGGCUCGAAUACGAGUGGAACGAUGACGGUGAGACCGUGGAGAAGGAGCUCCUCGUUCAACUGCUCAUCGACCCAAGGAAGGUCUGCGACAUCCCGGCGUGGGAAAGAUAUUACAACCAUCGCAGUCUCACUCGCGAUGGUGUGGACGACAUCAAGGGUGCGAUGCUGCGGCAGUUCCACGAGGAAAAGUGGAAGAUCUGGACAAAAUACCCUUUGGUUCUGGCACCCAUCACAAAGAUGUCUUCAAGCCAGAGGACAAGGACAAGUACAUUUAUUACCCUGUCAACGGGCAACACACCGUGGCUGCUGUAAAGGAGUUGGCCGGUGACCAAAUAUUCAAAUU